GCUGCGCAACAGACGUGGUUGGAUCGCGGGGCCAAAUAACUGCCAAAAAAUCGCUGAAACCGCAGACCGACCCACAAACCGCAGCCACACAUUGGAGCUGGUAAUUCAAGAAGCCAGUUGCGAUCAUCAAGGCCAGUCCCACUAAUACAGCCCUACGAUUAGGCGAUGUUUCGCGCCACAUCAAUCGGCAGCGAAGAAACUCUGCCUACCCUUGCGGAGCUCACACAAGCCAACUAUGAGAGGGACAUCGAGAUGGGGGCUGGCACUGAGCGUUCCCAGCUGAGGAGUCGCCAUCAGCGCGGUUCCCUGCCCUCCAACUAUGGCGGUACACCCAUACCCAUUAUAAUCCACUACAGAUACCCUCGGGCCGUGUACUUCAUACUCGCCACCAAAUUUUUUGAGGCAUUUGCAGCCAACGGCAUACGCACCGUGCUCGCCUUGUAUCUACGCGAUGAUCUCAACUUUACGGAAAGCUUUUCCACCAUAAUGCUGCACAUAUUCAAUUUUUUCGGGCAGUUUUGUCCGAUCUUUGGCGCCAUAUUGGCGGACAGUUGUUAUGGGAAUGUGCGAACUAUUUCUGGAUUUUGUUUUCUCUAUGCCUUUGGCUGGGUUUUCCUAACCCUCACUUCGAUGCCAUCUGUCGGCGUACCCAUGGCAUUACUGGUUUCUAUUGCCUUGCUGUUCAUCGCCGUGGGAAACGGUUCGAUACGCGCCUGCAUCACCUCCAUUGGGGCUCUCCAGUUUAAGAUGCCGGAACAGGCGGUCCAUUUGGCGGAGUACUUCUCCUUCUAUUACUUUGUUUACUAUUUCGGAAUAUUUUUGAGCAAAAUAUUGCCGCCAUUGGUGCGCGUUAAUACGCAGUGUUUCGACAAACCUGAAUGCUAUCCGGCCGUAUUCGGCACCCUCGGUGCUGCUUUUUUGGUCGCCUGGGUCAUCUUUCUCAUUGGCAAGUUCUUCUACAAGCCCGAGAAGGUCUCCGAUGACAAUGUGCUCUUCAAAUUCUACGGCUGCAUCAGGACGGCUCUGCUGGAGAAGUGGCGCAGACGCAAGUCGGAGAAGAGGUGCAGUUAUUGGCUCCACAACGCCAUCGGUCCAUAUGACGAGGAGUUUGUCAACGAUGUCUCCAAAGUUUUGCGAAUCACAAAGCUAUUCAUUCCACUGCCCUUUUACUUCGCACUGUUGGCCCAGCAGGACUCCAGCUGGACCUUCCAGGCGACCAUGAUGAACACGACCUUUCUGGGCGUUAACAUACAGCCGGAUCAGUUCAAGGCCGUCGGCCCCAUCUUCCUCUUCAUACUCAUACCUCUGUGCCAAUACGUAACCACUCCAUUGCUGAAACGCGCCUUCAAUUGGGAGCUCCAGCCACUGCAGAGUGUGGCAGUGGGCGGAAUUUGCUCGAUCGGUGCCUAUAUCUGUGCGGGAGUGCUUCAGGAACAUAUAGCUAACUCUCCCAGUCAAACAGUGAACAUUGCCUGGCAACUGCCCCAAUUCCUGCUGCUGAUGCUAGCCGAGCUGCUGCUCUCCAUUCCAGGCUUGCAGUUCGCCUUUACGCAGGCGCCGAGCUCGAUGAAAUCGGUGGUAACGGCUGCUUGGUUCCUCAAUAAUGCUUUUGGCAACCUGAUUGUUGUGAUAGUCACUGAGCUGCAGUUCCUCAACUCCCAGACAGCCGGGUAUUUCUUUUAUGCGGUUGUCAUGAUGGUCUGCAUCAUUAUAUUCGGAAUGCUGGCCUUCGAGUACGCGCUGCAUGAGAAGACGGGCAGCUUCUAUGCCAGAGGCUGCGGGCUGCAGACUCCCAAGGAACAGGACCGGCGUCCACUGCUGAAUUUUCAGCGUGAUUUGGACACCGACGAUUUGCCCAGCGGCAGUAGCCGAAGCGCUAGUGUUUAGUUUCUACAUAACAGUCGUAACUUGUACUCGUAUAUCGCCUAAUUACUUUUUAUUUAUUUACAUUUACACACGCACUGCACGUUAACUGGAAGCUAAUAAAGAAAACUUUGAAGUGUGAAACUGCUAAUCUAACGCAAA